CAUUGACCACAGUGCUUCCCGAAGCCCUGGACUUUGGUUACCUGCAGACUUUGCUCUGCCUGAGCCAGCCAGGCUCUGGGUCAGCAUGGCUGACUGCAUCUCACUGCACCGGGGUUUCAUUCUCUCCUUCGUCCUCACCCUCGCCCUGCACCAGGUGGAGCUGUCAGUGUUUCUUCCAGCCUCGGAGGCAAACAACAUUCUGCUGAGAUGGAGGCGGGCCAGUUCUUACCUCCUGGAAGAAUUCCUCCAGGGGAACCUAGAAAGGGAGUGUUACGAGGAAAUCUGCAACCUCGAGGAGGCAAGAGAAGUGUUUGAAAAUGACGCCAGCACGGAUGAGUUCUGGAGUCAGUACAGUGCUAAAAAUGAAUGUCACCUAGAGAGGACGGACGGAUGCCAGCAUUUCUGCCACCCAGGGCAGUCAUCCUACAUGUGCAGCUGUGCCAAGGGCUACAAGCUGGGUGAGGACCACAGAUCAUGCAGUCCAAGUGACAAAUGUGCAUGCGGGGCCCUGACUUCCCAGCACAUCAGGACACAAAUGACAGACGACAUCUGCCGGAGUUGGCCUAGCUUCCCGUGGCAGGUCAGAUUAACAAAUUCUGAAGGAGAGGACUUCUGUGCUGGCGUGUUACUCCAGGAAAACUUCGUGCUGACAACAGCGAAGUGCUCGUUACUGCACAGCAACCUCAGUGUGAAAGCAGAUGAUGACCAGCAGAUCAGGAUCAAGAGCGCCCACGUGCACAUGCGUUACGACAAGGAGACGGGGGAGAACGAUGUCUCACUGCUCGAGCUGGAGAAACCCUUGCAGUGUCCCAUCCCAGCGCUCCCUGUCUGUGUCCCAGAGAGGGACUUUGCAGAGCAUGUCCUUAUCCCUGGAACGAAGGGUGUCCUCAGCGGCUGGAUGCUUAAUGGCAUAGACCUGGAUCGCACACUGACGAUGCUUUCGGUCACACAAACAGAUGGGGAGGAAUGUGGACAGAUCCUGAAUGUAACCGUCACUACGAGGACAAGCUGUGAGAAGGGCAGUGAAGUGAUGGGGCCUUGGGUGGAAGGAAGUGUGGUGACCCGCCAGCACAAGGGCACCUGGUUCCUCACAGGGAUCCUAAGCUCGCCGCCACCACCAGGGCAAUCACACAUGCUCCUCCUCACCUCAGUCCCGAGAUACUCCAUGUGGUUUAACCAGAUCAUGAAGUAGCUGAUGACUUAGAUUACGAUGGCUGCCAAGCAGUCAAAUCCUGUCACAGUUACCACUGGAAGAUGGCCUCUCGUUCCUUGGGACUUUACAUUUUUCUUUAUUCUUGAGAAUUUCUUACACGCAUACAAUGAAAUGUGACCACACCCACACCCUGUUUCCCUUCUCCAACCCCAUUUAUAUUUCCCUCAAUGUGUCUCUCCUACAUGUCUUCUUUCUGAGAACCCACUAAGUUCAGUUAGCGCUAUCUUUGUGUGUAUGGUGACGGGCCAGCCGCUGGAGCAUCCUCAAAAACGUAAUUUUCCUCCCCCCCCCCAGCAGCUUUCGACUGCCAACAGCUCCCCAGGGAGGAGUGUGACAGUGGAUGCCCAUCUAUGCCACAAUCCCAUUGGCUUGAUCUUGUGCAGCCUUGAACAGGUCACCACAGCUGCUGUGAGUCUGUGUGACCAGAAGACAGCACUUCAGGCCAUUCCUCACUGUAUGCUCUUCCUGAUUCCCUUCCACAAAGUUCCCUAAGCCUGGUGGAGGCGGAGGUGAGGGUACAAGGGAAGGGGAGAGUUGCGGCCUGUUGAUUAAGAUGUCCCACUUAGGACUGAGCACUUGGCCCCUUACUCUCAAUGCUUUGACUGACUUUGCAGCUUUGCAUUAAUCUCGGCCCAUUAUAAAAGAAGCUUCUGUGAACAGUCCAGCUCUAAGGAUAUGAACACAUUUAGAGGGUGAUUUUUAACAUGACCAUUUAGCAAAGUAACACUAGCAGCUUCUACCCUAGGCCUAUGACACCCCCCACCCACCCCCAGUCACAAGCUUUUGACAAAGAUGAUAGCUUCAAGCAUGGAAUCCCUGUGGAGGAGGCUUCAAAAUCAACCAGGAAGCAGUUAUUUACCCCAUAACACUCAUGCCCCGAUGGCAGCAGUGUGCACGUCCUGCUUGGCAUGUCAGUAUAGUGGAUCAGGGUCUACACUGCUAAGACUGUUGCUGCCUUUGCGUCCUUGCAGCUAGCACAGAUCUUCUGGCCCUGGGAAAGCUAGCCAUCAGGAAGUUGCCUUGGUAAUUUUUAUCUAAACAAAGGGCUUCAGGGGGAGAAAAAGAUUAGGAACUGUGAAGUAAUCAGUGUCUGUCGUAAACCAGCUAAGUUACUGAGUGGGAGCUAGGUGGAGAGAGGCCGUGAACACACAUGGUUACGUCACAGUUGGUGUGUCACAAACCACACUGUAACAGACAUCUCUGAAACAGGAGCUUCUCGGAGCUCCCAGGGAGACAAAAGGGUAACCCCAUUCUGAUUUGAUAUGGCCCACUGACGGCCAGGAAGAGGCGAGCAGGCUUAAUACUGGAAGAGGGCCGUGGACCUUCUGACAAGGAUGCACUAGACACUGAGUGAAGCCCUCAGCAGCUCCCGGGAGUGCUGGAGCCCUGCAGCUCAGCCAUGUGGCCAGUGAGGCUGUGCUUAUGAAGAUCCUAGUGUCCUGGGCCUUGGCACCCUCAUCUCAAAGAGGAAUAGCUGAGGUAUAGCAUGAUGACAUUUAAAGGGGGGAGGGAAAGCCAGGUGAAGUGAGGCCGAGGUAGGGAACCCCAAAUCUGAAGACAGACUGGGCUGCAGAGUAAGACACUGUCUCACAAAAACAAGUAUAAGGGAACAAACCAGUGUAUCCUUGGGCAAGGGUUAAGUGUGAGUGUUUGAUGUUGAUGCAAAUUAGCCACAAUGUAUGGGUCUGUGUGCCACAUUGGAGUUCACACACAGGGCACUGGAGACAGCACGCAAGCACACAGUGUGGGGACAGCACACAAGCACACAGUGUGGGGACAGCACACAAGCACACAGUGUGGGGACAGCACACAAGUAUACACUGUGGAGACAGCACACAAGCACACACUGUGGGGACAGCACACAAGCACACAGUGUGGGGACAGCACACAAGCACACAGUGUGGGGACAGCACACAAGCACACAGUGUGGGGACAGCACACAAGCACACACCGUGGGGACAGCACACGAGCACACACCGUGGGGACAGCACACGAGCACACACCGUGGGGACAGCACACGAGCACACACCGUGGGGACAGCACACGAGCACACACCGUGGGGACAGCACACGAGCACACACCGUGGGGACAGCACACGAGCACACACCGUGGGGACAGCACACGAGCACACACUGUGGAGACAGCACACGAGCACACACUGUGGAGACAGCACACAAGCACACACUGUGGAGACAGCACAUGAGCACACAUUGCUUCUUUACUGCCAAGUUCAACUGUUCAUCAUCUCACUCAGGUUCUGACUUGGGAUGUCACUGUUUAAUAAAUUACGUGGAGCAGCCUGAAAAGUUGGUUCUGUGGCUUCUAAACUCUGAAGGAUGGGAUCCAGGUUGCUCAUAGCAACCCCAAUAUUUGAACAGUUGCAAGGAUGCCACUUCAUUGGGUCAGCUUCUCAUGGUAGCUCUGCACAGUUAACACUGUAGAGAGGACUCAGAGGACACGGGAGGGCAGGCUCAGCACUGGACAGGUCAUCAGCACUGCCAGAUAGGGGCCAUACUCAAUGCCAGACGCUUCUCUGCACAUCGUAGCUACCGGUUCAGAGGGUACGUCUUGGGGUCAUGGGACAUGACCAGGGACGUGGCACAGGCAAUGUUCUCAGCUGGAGAAUGGUAAAAUUCAUAACUCAAGGCACCGCUUCCUGUGGAACCCAGCUUCAGCUGCUGGAGAUGGCCAUGUGGGGAAUACAAGCUGUCCACGCGUGCACACCCCAAUGAGCCCAGUGCGUCCCAGUCCACACCAGUCAUGAGUGAACUGCCCUCUAAGCCCCAGGACCAUUUCCCUUCACAUGGAGCAGACACCAAAAGCUACAAAGUCUGACCUGGCAAAGAUUUGGCAAGUUGGGAUGUUGGUGCUUCCCGGCACAGUGAUGGUGGGGAUGUUGGUGCUUCUCGGCAGGGAUGGGUGAUUUUUGUCAUCUGCGAGAGGAUGCUAAUGAAGCAGCCACAUAAGGGGAAGCCCUGUGCCCUGCCCCACUUGAGAACACGUAAGCUCCAUCAGAACUUGUCUGCACAAGGGGCGGCUUCUGACUGCAACAGCGCUGCAGAGACUAAUAUUAGCUUUCCCACCUUGGUGCACUUCUCAUAAAUAGGGGGACAUAAGCCUCCCACGGUGCACACACUUGUAAUCCUGAGCACCUGGUCUGGAGACACAGGGGUGAGAAGACAUCAUGAGAAAGCAUGGUCUACACUGAGUUCCAGACCAGCCAGGCUGUAUAAAAAGAUAGAUGGAUGGAUGGAUGGAUGGAUGGAUGGAUGGAUGGAUGGAUGGAUGGAUGGAUGGAUGGAAUAACACACAGAGGAAACAUACACUCUUAAGAAGUUGGAGUAUCGGGUUGGGGAUUUAGCUCAGUGGUAGAGCGCUUGCCUAGGAAGCGCAAGGCCCUGGGUUCGGUCCCCAGCUCCGGGAAAAAAAAAAAAAAAAAAAGAAGUUGGAGUAUCAGAGGCUGCAGAGAUGGUUCAGUGGUUAAGAGCACCCACUGCUCUUCCAGGAAACCUGGGUUCAAUUCCCAGCAUCCACAAGACUGUUUAUCUGUAACUCUAGGAUCUGACUCCCUCACACAGACAUACAUGCAGACAACACCAAUGCACAUAAAAUAAAUAAACUAUUUAUUAAAAAGAAGAGGAGGAAGAGGAGGAAGAAGAGGAAGGAGAAAGCAGCAGCAGUCUCCAGCACUGCAGGAUGUUUUGUGCCCAGAAUCUUUUGCUGAAGCCCUGUCCAGGCCAACUGCCUAGAGACAGAGUUUCUGGAAGGGGUUAAGCUGGACAUAGCUGCAGAGUGAGGGCCUGGCAGCACAGAGGCUGUAGGAAAAGGAAGAGAGGCCGAGGACAAGCAACAGUAGCGCAGAAGGGCCCCUGACCAGAGCCCAACAGUCAGGCCUUGCCUUAGUCCCAUAGCCUUCAGAACCAUAGGAAAAUGAGCAGAGAGCUGAAAAUUUUACAUCAGACUAAAUUCUGCUUUUCUUUAAGAAGACUUAUUUGCUUACAUUUGCCCGUUUGCCCGAGUAAGCUUAUGUACAUACAUGUGCAGGAGCCCAUGGAGGCCAAAAGCAAUGGAUUCCUAGAACUGGAGUUAGAUGGCUGUGAGCUGCCAUGUGAAUGCUAGGAAACAAACACACCCCCUCUGGCACAGCAGUAGCUGUCUUGACUGAACCACCUCUCCACCCCCUAAAUUCUACUUUUUUUUUUUUUUUUUUGUUCUUUUUUUCGGAGCUGGGGACCGAACCCAGGGCCUUGCGCUUCCUAGGCAAGCGCUCUGCCACUGAGCCAAAUCCCCAGCCCCUAAAUUCUACUUUUUAAAAAGAAGCCUCAAGUUAACUAAGCAUUUUGAGCUCACAAAA